AUGUUAACGGCCCACCAAUAUUUGUUGGAAAUGCGUCUAUCACUGAAUAUUGGAAUCAUUUUCAGGCGAGUUGACAGUUUCUAUGACGUAACAGCUACGUAUGAAGCGUUUAAAUCGAAUAUGGCCAAAAACAGAUACUCAGAUGUUGUCUGUACCGAUUCAACACGAGUAAAGCUAAGAUUGGGUGAAAAGGAAUUUGGGGAUUACAUUCACGCAAAUUAUAUCAACUCUACGCUUUUGACAACGAAAUUUAUUUGCACUCAGGGACCUUUGCAGUCUACCAUUCACGACUUUUGGCGGAUGAUCCUUCAAGAGAGGAUAGAAUCAAUUUUAAUGUUAUGCAAGCUAUGUGAAGAUGGUCGACCGAAAUGCUCUGUUUAUUGGCCAGAAGUGGUUGGAGAGACAAAGUUAAUGCCAACUUUGAAAGUGACGAACACAGGAGAAGAAGUCGAUGAAUUCGCUUCAACGACAUCAAUGAUAGUUGAGCUGAAUCCAGAAUACAGUACAUAUUGUUUAAUUUCGUGGCCCGAUCGAGGUGUUCCUGAUCAUAAUUCAUGUCGAAUACCUCUUCAGUUACUUGACCGAGUACGACAUGCUCCAUGCGUGAUCCAUUGUUCAGCUGGGAUUGGGCGGACAGGAAGUCUUGUUGCGCUGGAAAUAGCGCUCCAAAAAGUGGUCGCUGGGAGUAGAAUCGACUUUGAACAGAUCGCACGUGAAUUGCGGUGUGCCCGAGCGCAAUGCAUCCAAACGGAGGUGCAGUACCUCUAUAUUCACCGAGUGAUGAUCGAGAAUGCCCUUCUGCACAUAAAUCUGGACGAAUCUACAAGAAUAACAGGACAAAAGUUUUUGCGAGGUUAUGAUAAAAAAAUGCGGAAAUAG